AUGUCUGCCGAGAUGGCGAACGAGAUCAAAUUGAUCAGUGGCCGUAGCCACCCCGACCUCAGCGACAAGGUUGCAAAGCGACUCGGCAUCGAGGUCGCCCGGACCAUUUCGCUCAACUACUCGAACCAGGAGACGUCGUUCACCGUCGGCGAGUCGGUCCGUGACGAGGAUGUGUUUAUUGUGCAGUCCACCGCCACGGGCGAUGUCAAUGAGGGUUUGAUGGAGCUGCUGAUUAUGAUCUCGGCUUGUCGUACUGCGAGUGCGAGGCGGAUAACGGCCGUGAUCCCGAAUUUCCCCUAUGCUCGACAAGACAAGAAAGACAAGUCGAGAGCACCCAUUAGUGCUCGCCUCGUCGCCAACAUGUUGCAGACGGCUGGCGCCAACCACAUUGUGACUGUGGACCUUCAUGCAUCUCAGAUCCAAGGCUUCUUCAGCGUACCAGUGGACAACUUGUAUGCCGAGCCCUCAUUCCUGCGCUACAUCAGGGAAAACUUCAAUGCGGAAGACUGCGUCAUUGUCUCUCCAGAUGCGGGCGGCGCCAAGCGUGCGACCUCGAUCGCGGACCACCUUAACACGGCCUUCGCGCUGAUCCACAAGGAGCGCCCCCGUCCCAAUGUUGUCGGCCGCAUGGUCCUCGUCGGUAAUGUGGAGGACAAGGUUGCCAUCCUCGUCGACGACAUGGCCGACACUUGCGGCACCCUGGUCAAGGCUGCCGCGGUGCUCAAGGAGAACGGGGCCAAGUCUGUCCUGGCGCUCGUCACCCAUGGUAUUCUGUCUGGCAAUGCCAUUGAGACGCUGAACGGCAGUGUUCUCUCCGCUCUGGUAGUGACCAACACAGUGCCGCUUGGCGACAAGGUGGAACGAUGCCCGAAGCUGCGUGUUAUUGACAUCAGCCCGACCAUCGCCGAGGCUAUCCGCCGUACCCACAACGGCGAGUCGGUCUCGUACCUGUUCACCCACGCCCCGGUUUAA